AUGUUGCCUGAAGGUUUAGCUAUCGCAGGCGCUCUCGUUGCUGCAGCCGUGGCAGGGCCACUUAGCGGUAUAGAGAGAUGCAGCGCUCCGGAAGUAACUGAAGAACAACGAGCAUUGGCCAAGCAAUUUGCCGUGCAAGAGGCCAGACUAAAAGCGGCCGGCGGAGGCCCUGUUCGGGCUGACAUUACUGUCAAUGUGUACUUACAUAGCGUUUCAGCAACUGAGAGUACCUUACUCAGCGAUGAAACCCUUAAGGCUCAGAUGGACGCCCUCACUUCCCGAUUCUCUGGGACUGGCUUCCACCUCGUUCAUGCGAGUAACACUAAAACGGUCAAUGCCACCUGGGCCGUAGAUGGCGACGAGAUGGGCAUGAAGAAGGCGCUUCGCAAAGGGAAUUACAGAGAUCUUAAUCUUUAUUUCCUAGAUCAAAUUAGUGGUCUAGGCUAUUGCUACUAUCCCACGGUUGCCCCCGUUGGAUCGAAUGAAUUUUACCGAGAUGGAUGCACCAAUCUUGCUAGUACAGUCCCUGGGGGUAAACCGCCAUUUGGUAUGGGCUUGACAGCGGUUCACGAGACAGGGCACUGGAUGGGGUUGAUGCAUACUUUCAGCAACGGCUGUUAUGCUCCAGGUGAUGAAGUCGAUGAUACUCCUGCUCAAGCCUCUUCCACUCGUGGUUGUCCCACUGGCCGCGAUAGUUGCCCUAAAGAACCCGGCUUGGAUCCGAUUCACAACUACAUGGACUACUCUGACGACGCUUGUUACACGGAAUUUACCCCUGGUCAGAAUGCUCGUAUGUUGAGCAACUGGAAGAGAUUCAGAGAGAACAAGUGA